GAAUUUUAUAAUAAUCCUUCUGGAAAUAAACAAAUUGUAAAAAUUCUGCGUAAAAUCAAAGUUGCAUUGCAUCUGAAGAAGCGCCGAUCCAAGCACAAGCCAGCAGAGCAACAGGCCCAGGCACAGUCACAGUCACUGCAGCAGCAACACCGCCAUCAUCGCUGUUACCAAGACGACGACGACGCCAGCUGCAGCCAAAUGGAAAGCAAUUUGAAUCGAAUGAUUAAUCAAACGCUGCGUCAUCCGCUCAGCGGGCAGCUAAGCAAAUAUACAAAUGUGAUGAAGGGCUGGCAGUUCCGUUGGUUUACCGUGGACUCCAAGACGGGCUAUUUGAGCUACUAUUUGUGCGACUCGUCGGCAGUGGGCGACGACAUUGCUCCGUCGCCCCAUGUGCUGGCCAACACACCGCGCGGCCAGGUGCAGCUGGCCGGCGCCGUGGUCUAUCCCAGCGACGAGGAUUCGCGCACCUUUUCCAUAGCCUGUGCAUCGGGAGACACGAUGAAGCUGCGUGCUAGUGAUGCACGUGCUCGACAGGAAUGGGUCGAUGGCUUGCGCGCCGUCGUCGAGAGCCACACACAAGCUAUGGACAUAAGCAAUUCCUCGCCAUUGCCGGCACGCGAACUACUGGCUGCCUCGGAUGCAUUAGUCGCCGCUCGUCAAGCUCUAUUCCUCACCGAGCAGUGCAAUGCCUCGUUGGCACGCGCCAUUGAAAACAUUGACUGUGCUUCCUUCUCGCCCACGGAUCCGGAUCUCUUGCUGCUGAAAGCCAUUUCCACGGCCAGCACACAGUGUCUGCAUCAAUGCCUUGGCCUGCUGCAACGUCAUCAGGAGAUCAAUCAGCCCCAACUCGAGGAGGUGACGCCGCCCAGCAUCAGCUUGGCCCUGCAAUAGCAGAUCUAACCUAAUUUGUCCUAUGUUAUCAAGUUAUCAAAGCAAUAAAAUUAAAUACUGUAAAUA